CGAUUCUUUCAUUUCUCACAAAACAUAUAUAUUUUAUACAAUGUGCGGCAAGAAAAAGAAAUAGUUGAGCAGCUAUACGAUGAAUGGGAAGCGAAGACUUGAAAGAAAUAAAGUGUGUGUUCUCAAAAUGUGUGAAUUCUCUGUGUAUUCUCAAUCAUAUGUACGGUGACUCAUAAAUGAUUUUCUCUAAAAAAAAAAUAGAUAAAAUUAUAAACAUAAAUGUGAACACGUCCGCGUAAAAAUUAAAUGAAAGCGCCUAUUUCUACGAACGCGGAUACUUGGGCACGAUAACUUUUGCGCUGUGGUACAUUCAAAAAAACUCCAGUCAUCAGUGAUAUCCCUAUCUCCACUACUGCGACAACAUAUGAUCCACGGUCUACGCGACGCGUCAGUUUUGCCAGGCGCCAGAUAAUCGAUCUUUUACUCGAGACUCGUUGCAUCAUUUCAAGAGCGCGUAUAAAAUUCGUGUGUGCUAUCAGAAAAACUGUUAAUACAAUUGUAGUCUUGUUUAUAUAGUAAUUAAAAAUUGUGCCACUGCUGUGCUGGCAUUAUAUCUCUUUUCUUUUUCACAAGCAAAAGAUAAUUUAUAUUUCAUGCAGCGUGCUGUGCUGUUCGCAACUGGAAUUUCUUUGCAUUAAAUAACAAUUAAAAAGGUAACGGUGUCAAUCAGAAGUGUUGUUGUCUUCCGUAUACAAACUGUGCGAUAUACUCGAAGUGUGCGAGUUAAGUGUGCUGGUAUUAAUCGCUGUUUUGUUGUCAUUGAGAAGAAGGAAACGCUGAGAAAUCUUUGUGCAUAUCGACAGCAGAUCGACACCGGACUCCGACCGAGAUCGCUCGCGAUUCUCGAUCAUGGUCACCGCGGACGAUAAAAUCGUACGCGCGUCAACACGCGAAACGAUCGAGUUACACUUUCUGUCAUUCUUCUACGGUCUGUAUCUGAUCGCGAAGCGAUUCGUUCGGUGGCUAUGGGAUCCCAAGAAAUUCUUCAUGCUGCGUCAACGUGACCAGCCGCCACCGUGCCUGGUCGAUAAUAGUCUCGGCACGCAUUCCUACGUGAAGAUCAAGGGUGUUAAAUUUCAUUACGUGGAAGCGGGAAACAAAAGUAAACCGCUGGUAUUAUUGUUGCACGGUUUUCCGGACUGUUGGUUAUCUUGGCGGGAACAAAUUCCGUGUCUCGCAGAACACUACAGGGUAGUGGCUAUAGAUUUAAAGGGAUUCGGCGACAGCGACAAACCGCUCAACAAGCGAUCUUACAAAAUCGAGAUAUUGAUAAACGAGUUGAAACAGUUCAUUUUCACUUUCGGGGUUAGAACUUGCAAUAUAAUCGGCCACGAUUUGGGAGGACUUCUGGGAUGGUACAUGGUAGCGCUACACGGAGAUCUCGUUUGCAAAUUCGUAGCCAUUUCGAGUCCGCACCCGAACUUCUUCUGGAACAGAGCAUCGGGAAAUUCCGCGUUCGACAAGAAAUGGAUACAUUUCAGUAGAUUGCCAUUUCUACCGGAAAUAGAUGCGCUUAAGGAAGACUUGUCUAUUAUUAACGAUACGUUUCAGCAUUUACGAAUGUCUCAGAAUAAUGUAGAGAGAAAUUACGUUGAGGCGUACAAAUAUACUUUCAGUAGGAAGGAGGACUGGACAGGACCGAUCAAUUAUUACCGCACUCUUCCGUUUACAAAAUUGAAUAUAAACAGUGGCGAACAGAUUGACAAUAAAACGCUGCUGUUAAUUGGAAAUAUGGAUCCUCUCUUCAAGAUAGAGAGUAUCAUUCAGAGUUCUGAACAUGUAGAAGUGUUUAGGGUGAAGAUUAUACCAAAUGCACAGCAUUUUCCGCAUCAAGAAAAACCAGACGCUGUAAAUGAGGCAAUCAUAAAAUUUUUGAUCGGUACAUCUAACUCGGAAAAGUCUUCCUCAAAAGGUAUUAUGUCUUCCUGGUUAGGCUCUUUGAGUAACACUGUUAAAUAUGGCAAUAAUAUGAUCGAUGCUGUGCAAAAGCGGACCAACGGGAUGGUGAGUGCGCUGCCCAGCAAAGUACUUUAUUUGGGACAAACAACAGCUUGAACUAUGUAUAUCUGAUAUUAAUGAUAACAUAGUUCAGACUGUCUCUUACUUUUGAUAGUUUGUCCUAAAUCCGCGUGCGUGUUAAACCUGACGUAUGAAACUCAUAAAAGGCUGAUUUGUCUAUUUAUUACGUAUGUGUACACUAUUUUUUUAAAUAUAAAUAUAUACAGUAAGACUUGUAUUUCUUCUAAAAAAAAAACCAAAAAAAUAUUCAU